GUGGCCCCUCCCCGCGCAGGUCCCGACUCCGCCGCACCUCCUCCGGCUCUGCAGUGGCGGCGGGGAGGCGAGUCGGAGCGCCGGCGGCAUCGGGAGCCAGAGCCGAGCCGGGGUCGGGGCCGCAGCGGGGACCCUCGGAGGCGGGGCCGGUGGGACCGCGAUGGGCGUGGAGAUCGAGACCAUCUCCCCGGGAGACGGAAGGACAUUCCCCAAGAAGGGCCAGACGUGUGUGGUGCACUACACAGGAAUGCUCCAAAAUGGGAAGAAAUUUGAUUCAUCCAGAGACAGAAACAAACCUUUCAAGUUCAGAAUUGGCAAACAGGAAGUCAUCAAGGGUUUUGAAGAGGGUGCAGCCCAGAUGAGCUUGGGGCAGAGGGCGAAGCUGACCUGCACCCCUGAUGUGGCGUAUGGAGUCACUGGCCACCCCGGUGUCAUCCCUCCCAAUGCCACCCUCAUCUUUGACGUGGAGCUGCUCAACUUAGAGUGAAGGCAGGAAGGCACUUACGGUGGCUGGAGAUGGCUGCUGCUCACCCUCCUAGCCUGCUCUGCCACUGGGACGGCUCCUCCUGCUUGGGGCUCCUGAUCAGUGUGCUAACCUCGCUGCCCCCCGACAUCACUCAUUCUUUCUGCCCAAGCUGCUCUGUAUGUGUUGGUCACUGUUCACGCGCAUCUUUGCUUGAGGAAACUUCGGUUGCAGAUCGAAACAUUUCAGGUUGUACAUUUUGCGUGAUGCAUGUAAUAGCCAUUCUUGAGAACACAACACAGAUUUCUUGUUUGCACAAUCUACACUGCCUUACCUUCACUUAAGCCAGACACACAAGGUGCUCAGACACGAAAUGUACAUGGCGUACACAGAGGGACUUGAGCCAGUUACCUUUGCUGUCACUUUCUCUCUUAGAAAUUGUUGGCUGCUGACUUACAAACUGUCCUCUUUGGAAAUGACAUGUAAAAUAAAGGCUCUGUGCUU